UCUAAAUAUAUGUAUAUGUAUAUAUAUAUAUAUAGACAUAACAUCAAUCAGCUCGCUGUAUUCAUCGAGUAUUAGCAGUUUUAUUAUGAGCAGAGAAUUUUACGUUCCUUGUACACCAUACGCUUAUCAGCAGUGCAGCGGCAGCGGCAGCAGCGGUACAGGUUCGACGGAGGUUGGUGUGGUGGUGGUCAGCGGUAGCAACAGCAGCAACAGCAACAAGAACAAUAGCAAUAACAGUAAUAACAACAACAAGAACAACAAUAAUAGCAAUAGCAACAACAACAACAACAAGAACAAGAACAUAACCAACAACGGUGGUGACGUCAGGGGCAGCGGUGGCGGUGGUGUAGGAGGUAGUAGGGUAGUAGACGUCGGUGUAAGCAGCGUUGGAAACGGAGGAAACGUCGUGGUUAGCGGUGGUGUUAGUGGCAUGGAUUGUAUGCCCCACCGUCCGGGACCUUUCCAUUACCUGAUAAACGAGCAAGCGAAAUCGUUGGUGGCCCUGCAGGAGUUGCAGAAUGAGGUCGGCGCCCUUCUCGAGUUCCGGGACCUCGUCAUCGAGACGUUCCCAAACCUCCGGCACAAGAUGGCUGCGACGGCGUCGGCGGGUGCGUCCGUGAUGUCCUCCAGCCAAAAUUCUCAUAUACCAUUACCUUUGUCGAGUCCAUCGUCUAGGAGGGUUAGCGAAUGGGAACCUGGUAAGGUUAGAAGACGCGUCGUACAGAGAGAACAAGCCGAGUCUUCCUCUUCAUUGCCAAGAAGUCGUAGCAAUUCUCAAAGCGGCGGUACGAAGAACAACUGUAGCGCUACCGUUCAGGAUUCCGGCUUCAGUACGGAGACCUCGUCGAAGGAUAGUGCCUCAACGGCGAUAGCGCCAAGACCUACAAGCCCGCGUCCUUGUGUAUUAGACGAGGCCGAGGAUGAACUAUGGAAUCUUUUAGAUGUUAUACAUCGUAAGGGUAUUAGGCUACGAGAGGAGGUCGAGUGUCUUCAAGGUCGUUUAGAGAGCGUUACCACGGAGGAUUUAGCAUCGAGCGAUGUAUUGGAAGCCGUUAGAAAGGUAACCCAUCUUGAUAGCGCCGAACAUCCAAAUAGUAGUGCCACCAAUGAUGGUACGACUGAUCUUGAGAUUGAAAAGACGACGAAUGGCAGAGAGUCCCAAGUUAGAGUAUUGAGAAGGGAGAAGGAACAAUUGUUGGAUAAAGUUGCUGAGCUCGAGGCCGAAACAAUAUCGAGUCGUGCUCGUGCACAGGAAUUGCAAACCGAACUGGCCGCUCUGUCGGCAUUAAAGACUGGUCUCGAGGACAGACUGAAGGCCGAAUUGAAUGACUCCGAUCUCUUGUUGACUCCCGGCGCACAGAGAUUGCAACCGAUCGCGCCGGUCGUUUCUACAACACCUAAAAGUGCCAGUGUCAGUAAUAUAAAGAGCAAAUCGUCGGCCUUCGCGUCGGUUUCUAAGACCCAUAAAAGUCGUUUUCGUACGAGGACCAUCGAAAAGAAUGUACUUCUCGAUGCGGUGGCCCACGUGGACAAUGAGCGACGUGAAAUCGAUAUCGAAGCAAGCGUGAUCGAAAGAAGGGCCAGAUUGGGAGCAUUGGAUUCCGUCCUAGUUUCGCCUACGAGGGUGACGCACGUUAAGGACGUUGAUUCUGGAAAAAUCGCGGCGAUACUUCGCGAAAGCUCGCCCCUCGAAUUGCAACGGCAUCUAAUCACAACGACUGUCCAUAAUCAAGCCUUGCAAAAAAGGUUGGACGAGGUACAAAAGAGUACGGAAACUCUUUCGGAACGAUUGGAUAAGGCUCGUGAGGAGAACGACGAUCUCCGAUUCCAGUUGGAAGAAAGAAACAUCGAGUUGGAGGGUACGCGUGCUCGCGUUCGUGUCCUCGAACGGCUUCAGCAACGAGCACCAACGGAAGCAGAGCCUGAAGCCGAAAGUGAACAGCCAAGAUGCGAACAAAGUGGUUUAGAGCCUGGUAGUAGUACAGAAUCAGCGAGGGAUCAUCACCAAGCCAUCGAAGUGAAACCGUCACCACGUCGACGACCUAGUCGUAUACCUUUACCAGGUUCAACGGGGAAACCGACGGCACCAAGACCACCAAGUCAUGGUAGAAACGACAGCAGGGAAUCUCUCAAAUCUUUAACGAGGCUACCAAGAGAUUCGAGUCGUGACAGUCACUGCGGGAAGUCAUUAUCAAAGACCCGAGACGCCAGUAGAGAGUCUUUAGGGAAUAACAAUAACAAUAAUCACAAUAACAGCAGCAGUAGCGGCAAUAACAAUAACAACAACAAUAACAACAACAACAACAAAAGCCUAUCUAAGAGUACAAGCGGCGGUAACAGCAGCAACAGCGCCGGCGGCGGCGGCAACAACAUUGGGAAGGAUAACAGCAGGGAUUCCUUGAACAGGUCCCUGCCCCGUAACAAUUCCAGCCGAGACUCCUUAAACAAAUCCUCCUCGCUGUCCCGGGCCCGUGACUCGCUGGAGUCUAGCAAUCUAGGCGGGACUAACCCGUCCCCGGGCACGACUCCUCCUCGACGACCGCCCGCUCCUGCGCGUCGUUCCCACAGCCUGGCUCGCGCGGCGACGUCCGUUGAUACCGACAACGGCAAGACUCAUUCCGAACCACCAAGUUCCUGGUGUUCAACCAAUAGCAGCAGCUUUCGUCAUAGCGACUCAUCCUUGUAUCCAGACUCAUUGAAUCAAGAAACAUCAUCAGUCACAGGAUCAACACGCGUUGAAUUUAUACUCGGCUCAUCUGCACGAUGCUUUAGACCAAGCUCGACCUGGCCCCAUCGAUAUUUUGACAGCAUCGAUUCUGCCGACAUGAUACCCGAGAGUCUCUUAACCGAUGAGUUUCCAUUACGUUGCGGCGAAGCUAUGGCGGAACGUGACUCGCUCGAGUGUCAUCCACUUUCGAGCGAAGGAUGAUCGAAAGACGAAUUUUAAUACGUCGACAUAUUUUUUUCACUUUUUCUUCAAACCUUUCUCUUUCUCUUUCUCUUUCUCUUUCUUAUUCUCCUUCUUUUCUUUGCUUUUUCUUUUUAAUUCUUUUCUAUUCUAUUCUUUUUUCCUCUUUCAAAUUUUCUUAUCCAUUUUCAUUAAUUGAUUAAUAACCUUUUAACGUAGAAGGACGGAUUUUGUUUUAAUACAAAUUUCUUUUGCCAAAUAACCUUUAUAUAUAUAUAUAUAGUAUGCACACUAUAUUCUAUUAUCAAUUUCAAAUUAGUGUCUCUUAAUUGGAAAAUUUAUUGCGAGAAAGAAAGAGAUAAGAGAAGGAAAGAAUAAGGAAAAAAUGGCUACUGUGCGAAAUUACUUUCUUUUUUUUUUUUUUUUCUUUUUUCUUCUUUUUCUUUUUUCUUUUCUUCUUAUCUUUUUCCUUGUAUUCUUUUUUCUUUCUAAUUUUUUUCGUUUUUUUUUGUUUCUUUCUUUCUUUCUUUUUUUUUUUUUUUUUUUUUUUUAAAUUUAGACUCGUACACACUUUUACGAUUGUUUCUCAUUGAUCCAAUUUGUUACUUUUAAUGUGAAUUUAUUUUUCCCUUGACCGUCCUUCUAACUUUAUCAAAAUAAUUCGGUACGAUCAUCAUCGUCAUCAUCAUCAUUAUCAUCGUCGUCGUCGUCGUCGUCAUCGUCGCCGUCGUCGUGAUUAAAUCAGAUCAAAAAUCGAUCGAUCUUGACACUCGCAUUUUUUUGGCAGCAAGCAUUUUCUACGAUGAAAUACAUGUACAUAUAUACAUAUACAUACAUAUAUAUACACACACACACAUAUAUAUAUAUAUGUAUAUGUAUAUAUUCGAAGCGUGAGAUAUUGUAUAUAUUAUCGCGAAAGGAGCUCAUAAAAUUUAUAAUGGUUGUAUAUUCUAAAUAAAAGUGGGAGACUCGUCGGUGAUUAAGAUGUUCGAGAGAGAUAUAAUCAAGUAAUAAUAUUUAAAAGAAAAAAAAAAAAAGAAAAAAAAGAAAAAAAAAGAAAAAAAAAAGAAAAAGAAAAAAAAAAGGGAAAAAGAAAGAAAAGGAACAAAAAAAACGAGAAAAAAGUAAAAGAAAAAAAGACAAAAACUACAGAAAAAUCAGAAUUGUUAAUUAUUGGUUGACGCGGACGUUACUAAUAAGUUUUGAACAAAUCGAUACAUUUCCAAAAUCAUUUUACAAAUACCAGUGUGUGUUCAUCCUCAUAAAAAAGAGAAAAUGUAUUAGAGAUUAUUAUUAUUUUUAUUAUUAUUAUUAUUAUUAUUAUUAUUAUUAUCAUUAUUAUUAUUAUUAUU